AUGCGGCUGCUCUUUUUGCUGCUGGUUACUAUAUUAACCGUCAACUGUAAUUGUGAGUAAUUCUGAAAAAAAGUGAAGCAAAGUUUGUAAAUUUGUAAUUUCAGAUGAUGUAUUCAAAUCGUUGCCAAAUUUUUACCCUGAUCUUGUUUCAACAACUCAUGUUCGCGCAAAACGUGCCGCUGUUGGUUUAGCCAAUUCCUGUGAACCUGGAUGGACUGGUCAAGCUUGUGAGAAUCCAACUUGUAAUGACAAAAAAGCUGCACCAAGUGCUGGACAAACAUCCACCAUUGAAAUGCUCUUUUUACAAGGAUCAUGCUAUGGAUCGUAAGUGUUCAAUAUGUUAGGAAAAAUCAAAAGUGUUCGGGCUUUUGGAGGUUUUGUGAUUGUGGUCACUUAACUCGAACUUGUAAAUGUUUGACAACACUUUAACAGUUGUGUUCUGAUUUGGUAGAAGUUUCACAAUUGAACAUUAUUUGAAUUUUCAGGCCUGGACUAUUCAAAUAUUUUCGUAAAUAAAAAGUUCUAGGAGUAAGAUCCAAGUUAAAAAUGAUAUUUGUAAGUAAUCUCAAACUUCAAACUCCUAUUGUGCUGGAGAUUUUUAACUUUAAACGUUGAAAUGUUCCAAAAUCUAAGUUUUUGAAUAUUGUCAUUUUUCUCGUUUUGUUCAUCUUUUUCUAUUGGAAAACAUUAAUCGGAUUAUUGUGCAGAAAUUUGAUUACAAAAACGUGGAACGAUUUUUAAAAUGUGCAAAAUUAAACUACAAACACAAUGCUCGAAAAAUCUUAACAACAAAUUUCAGUUACUAUAUCCCUGUUGAUUUUGACGCUGCUCAAAAUUUGCAAAUCCACGUCACCGCUUCUGGAAUUCCAAAUGUAACUCUCACAGAUGCUUCCGGUGCUGUCGCUGCUCCAUUCUACAACGUUGGAGGAGAAGGAUAUUCCCUAACCAUUUACCAAAAAAUCCAACCAGGAGGAUAUUCUUUAACUAUUGAUAAUCAGAAUGCACCAACAACUGAAUGUAUCAUCGAAGUUAACGUGAGUUCAGUAUCAAAAUUUUAUGACAAUUUUUAUGUUCAAUUUUUUUUUGAUAACGAAAAAAAGGUGUCAUGAAAACGUGGAGUCGUAAAAAAUCGUUUGGCGGUAAUAGCAAAAGAAAAAUGUGAUUUGUUUAGAGCGACACAAAUUUGAAAGCACUUCAAGGAUUUGUUUACUCACCACAAAGUGAUGACACACCAUAUGGUGAAUCGGCUGUCAAUGGAAUUCCAAUGUAUCUUGUUGCUCAUAUUGAUUCAACUGAAAAUCCAUCAAGUAAUUUAUAAACAGAAUAGAAUCAUGACAAUAACUUUUUGAUCUUGAAUUUUUCAGAAGUUUCGUCUGUUACAAUUCGUCAAGGAAACUCGUUAGACCCAUUUUAUCGCUCUGUUUUGACAAGAAGGUGUGUUUCGUGCUGAUUAAUGAAUGACAUUUCAUUUUGAUAGAUAAGAUAAAAGUUGCAUUCCAGAUAUCAAUGUGGAUUCGAAUAUUAUGCUGGACAAUGGCAGUGUGAACUUGGAAAUCAAUAUUUUUAUCAUGUAAAUAUUCUUGGAAUCUUUGAAUUGACACCAAGUAACAUUUUUUUAGAUUGAUGGUAUUGAUCAAAGUGGAUACGCAUUCCGUAGAACCGGAAAAUUCUCGUGUAUGCAACAUAUUACCCCACCACCACCAAGCACAACUACCCCAGCACCAAUUAGUUUCUGUUAUAACAACGGAACUCUUCUCAAUGCAAUCGGCCAAAAUAGUACCACUGCUACUUGUUUCUGUACUGAAUUAUUCAACGGAGCCCAAUGUGAAAAAGUGAAUUGUAUGAAUGGUGGAUUACCAGAUCCAGAUGGUAAUUUGUGUGCUUGUGCAGCUGGAUAUCACGGAACAAAUUGUCAAGAUGUUACAUGUCCACUUAAUUGGGAAGCUGAAUUGACUGAUUACAAAACUUUGAUUGUUGUUGUCCAUAGCACAGUUUCAAUGAAUCAAUAUGUUCCUGAUAUUGCUCAAGCUGUUUACAAAGAGCUUACCACAAACACAAUCAAUGGUUAUGAAGUAUACAAGGGUUAUGUUCUUAUCAAAUACGCUAAUGGAUUGUACACCAACACUUAUUAUCCAACAUAUAGUCAAAGCAAAUUCUUGGCUGAUUUGAAUAACGCAUCAACAACUGCUUCAAGUUGCAAUGACACAUCUUUCGAUGCACUUUCAAGUCUUUUCACUGAAGUCGCAGUCUAUCAAAAAUCUGCAGUUUAUUGGUUUACUGAUGCAAUUGCUGCUGAUACUGAUGGUUGGGAGACAAUUGUUCAUUUGAAUACCCGCCAAAAGUUCCCAAUAUACACAAGUUUCUUCCCUCAAGAUGGUUGCAACUUUGAUGAAAUGAGUCUCGGAUUUCAAGCUAUUGAGAAGGCAACAUAUUACAGUGGUGGAUUAAUGAUUCGACCAACCGCUGGAACUGUUCAAACUGUUAGUUAAUCACUCAAAAUUAGAUGUGAAUCUGAUGAACUUUAUAUAUUUUUUCAGAUUACUCAAAAUGUCAUCAAGGCAACAGCUUACAAAAUGAAUUCAGUGUUGAUUGAUAAUGUUGAUAGCUGCUCGACUCCAAACCGUGUUUUCUUCGUCGAUACAUCAACUACAGAAUUAAUGAUUUUGGCUAUUGGACAAUCUUUGACAAUCAAUGUUGUUGACCCAAAUGGUGCUACCAACACUUUGCUUCCAAUAAUUGCACAAGGAACCACAUAUUUGUUCGAAAUUGCUAAUCCAGUUGUUGGUGAACAUAUUAUGACUGUUGUUUCAUCUGUACCAGUAAGUUGAUUGAAAUAGUAGCCAAAGUUUUAGUAUCUGUAAUUUAAAAUUCUAUAGAACACUGGAUGCUCGUACCGUGUUCAAGCACGUUCUGAAUAUGACCUUUUCAUUGGAACAAGUACUGGAGUUAACGAUGAUGCAAGUGAUUCUGAACCAGUAUAUGGUCAAUCUGAACAUAUUGUUGCUCAACUCACUGGUUUGAAAAACAAUGUGGCUGAUCCAUUCAGACUCUUCUCUGAAAUCUCAAUUACCACUAACUGGAAUGCUGAAAAUAUGUAUCAAAAACCACUUUAUUAUUCGAGUGGUAAAUAUCGUGAUGGAUGUGGUUUCCAUAUGUAUUUUGGAGCUGGAAGUUUCUGCGAAUUUGCUGGUCAAACAUUCUACGCAACUGUUUAUGCUGAUGAUGGAAAAGGUUUCACAAUUCAAAGAAGUGAACGUGGUUUCUGUUCGGCUACACCAACCACUCCAAAUCCACCAAAUACCUGUAUUAAUGGAGGAGUUCAAGAUCCAAACAACAAUCAAACUUGUAUCUGUCCACCAAUGUAUUCUGGCAAAUUGUAAGUUAUUUUGAAGAAAUAUAUUGAGCUGUCUAUAUGUUAUUUCUAAUGAUCUACAAAAAAACAUUCAAAAACUGUAACUUACAGCUGCGAAACCAUCUCCUGUGCCAACGGUGGAACACCAAAUGGCGGACAAUGUAACUGUCCAGUUGGAACAGCCGGAACUUUCUGUGAAUUAUGUAAGACAAUAUUCGUUACCAGAAUUUUUAUCUUAAACAAAAAGUUUAUAUUUUUAGACCAAUGCACAACUAUCAACAACAAUCCUGAUACUUCAACAGAAGGACAAAGUUUGGCAUUCGUUAUUGCUGCAAGAAGUUCAAUGAAAGAUGCCAUCACUAAGAUUUCACAAAAUGUUCAAACAAUGACAAGAGAUAUGCAACAAUCUUCAAGCAGAUGGAUCAAUCGAUGGAUUUUGGUUAUUGCUACUUCCAACUGUAAGAUUUGAAAAAAUAAAUUCAAAACAAUUUUUUUAUUUGAUAUAAUUUCAGCAUCAAUGCUUCUCGUCAAUUCUGAUAAACCAGCUGAUUUCAUUCUUGGUAUUAAUACUUUGGUUUCAACAUUGGAUCAAUAUGUCGUUCCUUCUGAUAGUUGUCAAGUUCAACUUGAACAAGCUAUGCUUGGCGCUGCUUAUCUUUCAGAAAGAAGAAGUUCAGUUUGGGUAUUUUCUGAUGCCGAUGGACCGAAUGAUGUGUCAUAUCUUCAACUUUAUGAUAUUGCUUUGGAAUAUAAUCUUCAAAUCAAUUUGGUUGGAUAUGGUUCAACAAUUUGCACAGCCUCUGGAAACAAUGGUUUCUUCCCAGAUUAUUUGCAAUCACUUUCAAGAACAACAAUCGGAGAUGUUUAUAUGACAACUCAACUUGAUCAAAUUAUGCUCUUCAUUGUUUCUCUUUACAAAUCAGCUGUUUCACAUCGUUACUAUAUCCCAGAUUGUACCAAACCAACAAGUUAUUACAUGCCAGUUGAUGGUUCAACCCAAUCUUUGACUCUUGCUGUCACUGGAUCAGAUCUCAACAGUGUUUCGGUUGUUUUCCCCGAUGGUACCAAGGGAGAAUUCAGUGAUUUUGAAAUGGUUGCAAUUAAUGAACCUGAAAUUAAAUUGAAUCAAUAUAUUGCUGCUUGUGAUGGUGUUUUCUGGAAUUACCGUCAACAAAAUUGUUACGAAUUCCAAAGUGCUCAACAUAUCUGGCUUGACAGUUGGUCAAUUUGUCACGAGCAAAACUCUUUCUUGAUUCAUAUUGACAACCAAGAUUUGAAUGAUUACGUAUUCAGUUAGUUCUUCAUUUUUGAAAAAAAAAUUAUAACUCACAAUAAUUUUUCAGAUCAAGUCCGUGGAUACAGCAUUUGGAUUGGUCUUGCUUAUAACAACGGCGCUUGGUAUUGGGAUGUCCCAGAUGGAAACAAUGCUCAACCUUUGGUAAAUUGAUAUGACCUACGAAUAUUCCCCAAAUAAUUAUAUUUCAGACCGGCUAUACCAAUUGGGCAGAGGGUGUUGAUCCAUCAAAUCCACUUUUCAAUCACGCUGUUAUGAAUGCUGAUGGAAAAUGGAUUCCAGCUGAUCCACAAAACAGUUAUUUCGUUGGAUGUCAAAAACAUAGAUAUGGACAAGGUUUCUAUCCCGGCGAGGACGUCAGUGAGUAUUUUAUUUUUGAAAUUUAUGAAUAUUACUUGAAAUGAAAUAUUUGACUUCAGACAUUGUUCCCGCUGGACUCUGGAAAGUCACAGUUCAAUCAAACACUGGAAGUUGCGAAAUCCAGGCAAGAUCGCAAUCCGAAAUCAAUGUCUUUUACGGCUUCACCACUGAUCCAAGAGACGAUUAUCCAAGCAGUUAUGCAAACAUUCAAUCAACAUCCAAUUAUUUGGUUGCUCUUCCAACCGGAGUUGCUGCAUAUUUCCCAGACACUUAUACUUCUAUGGAAGGACGUUUGAAUUAUGCAGUUUUGAUGAGUAAUAGAACUAUUCAAGACUCACUUCCAUUGUAUGAACGUGUUUGUGGAUAUUCAAUGUUGUCUUUGCCAUUUACUUGCCCUGAAAAUGAUGGAUCUGUUACUGAUUUUGCAGUUAAAGUAAGUUUUUGAACCAUUUCUCAACAAAAACUUUGAAAAAAAAAACUAUUCUUCUCGAAAAAAAGAGUUACCGGAACAACCGAGUGUUUUUCAAAGGAAGCCAGAGAUUUUCUCCACGAUAUACAAUAUAAAUUCUGAACCUCUCUCGCGGGUUUGUGCCGAUUUUCUUGUUGUUCGGUUGACUUUAAACUGUUUUUGUUGGUUCUUCCCAUUUUACCUGAAAAAAAUCAGAUUUUCUUAAAAAGGAUUUUAGGGCUGUAAAAAAGUGGUAUUGGCAUGCCAAAACACAAUUCUCUGCGUUCACAAAAAUAAAAAAAAAUUAAAAAGAAAACAAUUUCUGCAAAGCGUCAGCGAUGUGCACAGAAAACGUCAAUCUUAUGACGGUUGGCGCUUUUUUGUCCAACAUUUUUAAUUUUUUGUUCAACAUUUUUGAAUUUUCAUAAGGGUGAGUCAAUUUGUUUUUUUUUAUGAAAGAAAAUGUGAGUUAAUCGCCCUAAAAGACUCACAUUUUUUGUCAGCUAAUUGCAAAAAACAUUUUGAUUUAUAAGAUUGCCUCUCCUCAUUAAAUGCGUCUCCGACUUAAAAUUUAACAGAAAUUGAAAAUCGCAUUAUUUCUACCUGUUUUCAGUUCACUGGAAUUGAUCAAUUUGGUUAUGCCUUUGAAAGAUAUUCCGAUUCUCUAUGCACCAAAACGAUCACUCAAUGCUUCAAUGGUGGAUUCAACAACAAUGGUCAAUGUGUUUGCAGAGCUGGUUGGGUUGGAAAAACUUGUAGCACACCAGUCUGUCAAAAUGGUGGAAUUGAAAAGAAUGGAAAAUGCGAUUGCUCAUCAGUCCCACAAUUUACUGGAGAUUUCUGUCAACUUGCACACUGUGAGCCACCAUAUCCAACAACAUUCCAAGACACUGGAAGAACUUUGGCGAUUGUUCUUGAAACUUCUUAUAACAUGGGAGCCACAAUUUAUCAAUUGAAACGCAAUUUGAAAGCAUCACUUGAUAGCAUCAAAAAUGAUCCAACUCUUCAAGGAUGGUUCUCAAAUUAUGUUCUUUAUCCAUUUGAUUCAACUGACAAUGAGUAUGAUUGGUAUCCAACUGUAAGCUCAUCAAAUUCUGAUGAUAUUGUUGCCGCUGUUCAAAACAUUAGUGUUAUGUCUUGUCCUGGACCAAAUCCAUGUUCUUCUCGUAAGUUUUUGUUAAAAUUAAUUUUAAAGUUAUGAAAAUAAAUAUUUGCAGAAUGUGCUCGACCAAUUGUCAGCGUUCUCAACAGUGUUUUGGAUGGUGGAUUGGCUGCACCAAAUUCAGUAAUUCUCGUAAUAACAAGAUCAACACCUGAAGACUAUCUUCAAUAUGGAACAAUUGCUAAGAAACUUCAAGAUACCAAAGCAUAUGUGAACUUUGUGUUCCCAUCAAUUGAUUCGCCUUGUGGACUUGGAUGGAAUACUCCAGCUGUUGAUACGCUCGCAAGAAUUGUUAGCUAUUCACAAGGAAAUCUUUUCACAAUGUCAGCUGCUGAAGUAUCAAAGAACUUCUUGACUGGAUAUAUUCCAACACUUUAUUCAUCUGGUGGUCUUGCUGGAAGCAACGGACAAUGUCAAAAUUCUGAAAUCUUGUUCAACGUUGAACAUGAGAUGUAUGAAUUCUCAAUUGAUUUCUUCCAUCCACUUCUGGAAUCUAUCCAAGUUUACAAUCCAUCUGGAAAUCUCAUCGAUCUUCCAAACAAUUUGAUCACUUCUGAUUCAAGUUAUAUUGGAAUUGUUAAAGUUAAUGAAACAGGAGCCACACGUGCUGGAACUUAUAGAAUUGUUUUGAACGGAACAGGUGGUAACAAUUGUUACGCAUUCAUUCGUGGAAGAUCCAAUCUUGAAUUCUAUCUUGGUUUUGUUGACGCAGAUGGUGACAAGUUUAAGGGAAUCACAAAUGAUAAUGCUCUUCACGCUCCAGUUAUUCGUGAGUUUCUUAAAUUUUCAAUAUUCUAUAAUUCAAACAUAUUUUCUUUCAGUCGAAAACAACACAAUAGUUUUACACGCCAAUAACUUGGGAGAAGGAACUAUUCGAUAUGCUCAAAUUGUCAGCCCACAAUUUGGUUUGGUUCAUACUGCUGAAAUCAAGCGUCGUGCUUCUGAAUGUUCUUAUGAAUUCUAUGCCACUCAACCAUAUCUGUUCGAUUAUGACGUAAGUAUUAUUAAAAAUGAUUUUUCAAAAAAGCAAUUUUUCAGAGCUAUUGGAUCAUUAUUUAUGGAUCGAGUGAAUAUGGAAGUAACUUCCAAAGAAACUUCUAUGUCAGUACUGUCGGAUCAAGACCACCGUCACCACGUGAGUUUUUUCGCGUAGUGAACUUUAAAUUUUGAAACAUUUUCAGCACCACCAGCUGAUUGCGAUUUGAGCUCGGUUAAACAAGACACACUUUUCUUGAUUGAUAGUUCAUUGAAAGAUACAAAUGUUACAUUUACAUUGGUGAGUUGUUUUUUUUCUACUUUUUUUCAGUAUCAAAAUUUUCAGAUGAAACACUUUGCUACACAAGCUGUUCAACCAUAUAGCUACACUAACAAUCUUGCUCAAGUUGCUGCAAUGUCCGUUGCUAAUAAACCACAAGGUGGAUUCUCAUUCAACGCCGGAGAAAAUUCUUAUGAUCGAGUUGCUGGGUUAUUGACAAAUAUGUCAUAUAUCGGAGAAGCUGGACAAAAUGUCACCGCCGCGUUGCAAUAUGUUCUUGAUUAUUAUGAUCAACCAGCUCAAGGUUAUCGUAGUGAUCCUGAUGUUAGACACAUUUUGGUUUAUGUCACCAACACAAAGUGAGAUUUAUUCACAUUCAGAAUAUUCAGUUUUCCAACAAUUCUUUUUUUUUUCAGCCCAACUGACUCUGACCCAUCUUCUUUGGUUUCAUCGAUCAAACGGGCUGGCCUUUAUGAAAUUAUUAUUGUUGCAUUUGACCUUGAUGGAUCUGCCACGCUCAGAAAUAUGGUAAACUCACAAUGUUAUUAUUAUGCUGAAGAUUAUCAUGCAUUGAUGAAUUAUGGUGUCAAUUUUGUUCAAGGACAAUCUUGUAAACGUUUCAAUUUCUGCAAUUAUUAA